AAUCAUAUCAAGGUGGCCAUGGCAGUGCUUUAAUUUACAACUGAAUGCUGUCAAACGAAAUGAAACGUCGUGCGUGCAAGAAACUGUUAAAAAUCUUCCGAAAACAAUAAAUUUAGGCUGUGCAGCAAACUUCGGCUUCGCAAAUGUAACGUUCAGCUUAAUGUGUCUGUUUGUUUUUGUGUUUUUAAGUGUUUAAAUAUGUGUAAUGUACCGCCAAAGUUUUAUCAAGUGUGUCGUCUUUGUUUAUCAUGUCCGCAGCGAAUUGAUAACGAGUUGAAUUUGUCCAUUUUCGAAAACGACAAUGCUCACAGGAAUAUCCCAAACAAGAUAAUGACGUGUCUUUCUAUACUGAUAUCUGAUAGUGACCCACUGCCUCAUGUAAUUUGUUUACGUUGUGCCGAACAAUUGGACAUGUUCUAUACUUUUAAAGAAACUGCACAGAAGUCCGAAGAUAUCUUACACCAGUUCCUUGCUUAUGCCGAACAAAUUUCUGGUUCUUCUUGCCAGGAGAAACUUGAAAAGUCUUCUACAAUGUUAGACAACGUCCUCAAAACGUCUAGUGAGCUUAUGAAGGGUAAUUUAACAGAACGAGUGGCUUUAAUGACAAACAUACUUAAUUCCACAAAUUCCAAAAACAUUUCCAUUUCGGUGAAAAAAGAGAUGGAAGAAGCAUCAAAGAUGGACGACUGCACAUUGACCAUCGUUACGAAAAAAGAACCGAAAACGUCCCAUCCGGAAUCGUCUCGUUCACCGCCACAGCAACAACAACCCCAACCGUCCGCAUACACAAACCACCACCAUAACAAUUCUCAGAAACGAAUCGUCUUCAACCUGACCGGCGAGAUGUCCAACAAUAAUAGUAAUAGUUCCUUUGAAUCCCCGGCAGAAGUCCCGUCACCUCCAUCAACGUCCUUGUCCGGGAUUCCACCCCUUUUGCCGUUCAACGACCCAUUACGUGGGGUUGCAUUCAACAGGGAACUGGAAGUGAAAAAGUGUCCACCGAUUGUUGUAGUCGAUGGCGACGAUGAUGAGGCUAGAAAUCCGUUGAAUUAUUCGAAUAAGGAGAAAGAAGGACUAACAACAAGGACGCGUUACUUCGGAAGAAGUCGAUGUCCUCCACCCAUCCUUCGUCCUUUUCGUCCAUAUACGACGAGUUCGUCACCUCCCAGUCCCUCGCUUGACAAUGAACCGGCCGAUUUAUCGAGUAAGAAACCCGAAAGGCUCACGUGUGUACCCGAAAUCGACUUUAUGAAGGAGGACAUGGAAGAUGACGCUUCGGAGGACAGCAAUAGUUCCGAUCCGGAACGGCUAGAAGUUGACAUGUCGCAGGAUUUGGAAGAGCAAUCCAAUUCUACGACAGCUAGCGCCACGUCUCCAGUAAAUGAUAAUGUAAAUGAAGAGGGAGAACUGUGGAAGGCCCUGUCCCAAAACGGCCAUUCUCAGGGUGCCCCGCCAUUAACAGGCGAGGCCAGUCAACUUUUACGAAAGUUGAUAACAUGCAGGAAGUUGGGAAUGAGCAUUACACCAACACCCAUCAUUACCCUACCCACAACCGGUGAUACGGACAAUAAUAGAACCAAUGUUAAUGCAUUUACUAUGGACACUGGCAUGUACAAUAAAGUAUCAGGUCGUCGAAAACAGUGUUUUCCAACGAAAGCGUCAGCUGUGGAGGAGUCGGGUGGCGAUGAGAACAGCGGGGGCGGUCGCGAGGGUGAAGUGGACGAUUACUUGCCUGAAAUAAACAUUAACAACUUCUCGAACCCUUGGUGUAACCUCCAGAUCGUUAAGACGAAGGGUGGAGCAAAUUUGGCGAGACGCGUGGAUCUUUCUUGUACCAAUUGUGGCACGCAGACGACGACGAUAUGGCGACGAAACGUCAAAGGGGAGAUGGUGUGCAAUGCCUGCGGUCUGUACUUCAAGUUGCACGGGGUCGAUCGGCCCCACACAAUGAGACGAGACACAAUACACACGAGGCGUAGGCGACCUAAAGCGUCGGAAAAUGAGAAGGAAUCAAAACAUAACCAUAGAGGUUCAAAGAAGGGUCACUACGCGAACGACGCCGAUAGUACAGAAGAAAUGCUUAAUGCGCUUCGUAGGCAUGUGCCCAUUGCUCCCAAAAAGUACAAUCAACCCCAGCAGCAGCAACAGCAAACACAACAGCAGAUGGUUGAAUCGUCAGAUACAGACGACAUGUUGACUGCUCUACGUAGACAGAUUCAGCCCCAUCUCGUUAUGGCGUUACAGGGUCACCAUUCUGCCAGCGGGACAACCAGCUAUUCAUCAUUACAAACGGCGGGCAAUUUUUCAUCUCCUUUCGCUCGUAAAGACGACCACCUCCACCCUCAACAGCAACAGCAGCAAACGCAGCACAUGCUGAAGGUGAUAAACGUACCAGAAACGGACGAUUCGGAUGACGACAGCAUAACAGACUUGCCAUUGAAUUUGGUCGCGACCCAGAUGGCCGAAACGACCGAAUCGCAUUAGCAAACCAUCGAGACGACGAUGACGACCACUACUACGAGGCCAAUCAAUAAAAACAAAGCGUUCGUCGUCUUCUUCAUCGUCUUCACUUAUCAUUUCCUUUACACAAUCACGUACACAUACGUAAGAAGGACGACUGCCGUUCAGGAAUUCCCCGGAAACAAAGAGAAUAAAAGAUAAAGGAAUGACAAUUCUCUUUGUACAGUUUGAAGAAAACGAUACGAGGUAUACGUAACAAUGUUGGGUAACCAGAGUCCAAGCACGCAGUAAGUCUGUAAUAUUUUUCUUUUGUAUCCAUUAAUGUCCUCCACACUUACGAUUAAUGUAUUUUUUUAAUCAUUUUUACUUUUGCUAUCGAAGCUUCUCUCGUGUUGAAAUGCAAGUUAACAAGUAUUUAUUGUUAUUUUCGAAUAGAAUAAGGAAAAGACAUUGAGGAGGAAUAAGAAUAAAAUUCCCAAUCAUAUUGUGACCAGAUAAGGCUUAAAAUACACUGUCCAACAGUUACUUCAGUGAUUAGUAUGAAAACAUACGUUUUAAUUUUAUGACAUUAAUCUCUCUGAAAACGCUAAAAAGUAUUAAAAUUAAAAUUUGUUUUAAAAUAUGUUCCAUACAACUUUCAGAAUUAAUACUAAUUUAAGUGUAAUCAUUUUUUAUCUUGUAGUUAUAAUAGUUUUGAAAAAACAGAAAUCUAACUAGUCGAAUGAGUAUUUAGGGCUCUUUACUUAAACUCAGAAAUAAAAAUUUGUAAGUAUCUGUAAUAACGAUUGUACAUAAAUUAUCUGUUUUUUAUGAGAGUAUAAUUUAAGUCCGCUUGUGUCACAAUAUUUAAAAGGUGAAUUUUAUUUCGUCCUUCUUCGUAAUAAUUGACUUUUCUAGCGGUGGUCAUCGAAGGACGCUCUCUGUACUUACUAUAUAUAUACAUAUGUUGUAUGUAAGGUUUGAACGUGUUGAAACGUUUUUUUCGUUUUAAUGUUUCUCUCUACAUCUUUCUCUCUCUUAAAAUGAUAAUUAUUAUUAUCGACUAACACGAAAAAUACUCAAUACUUAAUGAAAAGGAAAGAAAAAAUUCGAGUCGGCGAUUUGUCUGUCUCUCGCGGGACUCCCCCGCCGGUGAUAUUUUGAGCUAUACUUUUUCUCUUAUUAUGUAUCUCUUUUUUAUAUUAUUAUUAUCAUAUGUAGUAAUUUACUAUCAUUAUUAUUACGUUUUUUAUACAGAAGUAGCGAAUAGUUGUAAUAAUUAUCAAUAACAAUAUCUCUACUACUAAUAAUCAUAAUUACAAGCGCGUAUUUAAGAGAAAAGAAUUUAUACUGUAGUAGUGAUCGUUACUUGAUGAUAAUGAUAAUGCCAGUACCUUUUUUUAUUAUUUUAUUUUUUAAUUUACGCGGUAUAAUGAUAAGUAUUACAUUGUGGGCCCCUAUUAUUUUUUCGGCAAAAUACUCAGUAUUUUAAGUGACUAUUAUGUAAUAAUUGUUAGUUAUUACACUUGGGGUUUAUUGUGUAUGUAAAAAUGAAAAGAAAAAGAAUAAUACCAUAACAUCUACCUACUACCUAGGGUGUGUGCUAAACAAGAAAGAAAUGUAUUUCUUUUCGCAAGGGUGCUCGGAAAUCGACAGGGAUGAUAUUAAAACAUUUAAUUUAAAGAGUACCGUUAAUGGGUUUUGGGUCAAAGGAUUUCGUGGUUUAGAUUGUACAGUUAAAGAUGAUUAUUUUGAAAAAAUCUUUAAUUUUACCUAAAACUGGUUUAAUAAAAUUAAAUUAAAAAUUAUAAAAUUCUCUGCAGUUUAAUGUUUGGGGUGUGAUAUCUUUUGAAUAGGUUAGAUAGGUGUUGCGCAUAGAAUUUUCUUAAAAUUAGUAUUCAAAUUAUCAUGUUAAACCGUCCGUGUUAUUUGUGGUGAUUCCCCUGUUGAUUUCUGAGGAACCUUUUUCAUUUUUUGGCACUUAAUAAAUCUACUAUUAUCUUUAUACGUAACCCAAAUCCAUUACACAGGGUGUUGGUAAAAAGCAAGUCCACUCAGUUAUUUUUUUCAGUUUCAUUCAUUUAUUUUGCCUUCAGUAUUUGUUGUUUUUUUGGCAAUUUAGUACCUACUACAUUAAAUCAUUAUAUUAUUAAAAUGAAAACAAAAGCAUCUUUACUCUGUGAUAUUUAUAUCUUUUGCAAAUAAAAUUGCCUCACCCUGGCAGCUCUGUUCGGUUCUCCUAUAUAAAUUGGUUGGAGUUAGUAUUGGCAGGCCAAUAUAUUCUCAAUUAUUUAACACUUUUUGAACUGUUGAAUCGUUCUUGUUAAGUUUUCAUGCUCUCUACUUAUCGGGUUUUUUCUUAUUAAUUAAUUUAAUAUUUUUUUGUCGCGUAUUUCGUAUGAAACAAAAGAGCAGUACGUAUUAUUUUUUUUGUAAUUGUGUCGUAAUUUUGUACGUUAAUAAUUUAAGUAUUUUUCUCUUCUUUAUAUAAGUUAAAAUAACGGCGUCCCCCCUUAAUCAUUUAUUAUCUCGGUCAAAGAGAGUUUGUGGAAUAUCUUUUUUGUAUUAUCAUAUUGAUUAAUAUUAAUAUUAUUUUUUCUUAAACGGGUUGUAUGUAAUUUUUCAUUUUUCGUAUUUAUUUUGUUUAAGUCCUCAUGUGUAUUUUUUUUCUUGGCGCGACUUUAAUCUCUCAGUCCUCGGUAAUUUCGUUACAAAAAAGCAGGAAUAUCUGUUGCACUUAAUCGACUCCUUGAAAAAAUAAUUUAUUAUUAUAAGGCCCGCGCGUCGUUCGCAGAUAUAAAGCGCGUACUUAGGCCGACGAUUUUAAUAGAUACAUAUUCCUUAUUCUCAUUAGAAACAAAUUUCAUUUUGUUCAUGGCCGGUGCCAGCUAAUUGAUACAAUGGAAAAUAAUGGAAAGUACAGUAAUGUUACCUUCCCUGUAGAAUCCACGCCGGCAACAAAAUAUUUCCUAAUUACGCCCCUGUAGUGACGUUAUCUGGGAACGACAUUCGGUCUUUAUAAUAUUACAAUUGUAAUUUUUUCGUGGAGUUGUGAUAAAUAAAAGAUUUAGUCUGUCUUGUAAAUAGGAAGAAAUUGAUUCAUAAAAGUGAAAACCGUGGACACAACAACAUAAUUAAUAAAUAAUAACUAAUUAAUAAAUGAUGGAAAACUAAAAACCAAAACGUAGCUAGAUUUAAUAAAGACGCAACCUCAUAGUAUUAACAUGGAAAGUGAUAUUCUUAUAACUUAUUUGCGCCCCCCUUCUCCGGCCCCUUAUUUUCCCUAUUUUUAUUAAUUUCUUUUCGUAAUUUAUUUCGAAUCAAAAUCAGUAUUGUUAUAUUGUCAUUGUUUUGUACACUAAUUUAAUGUUUCGUCGUAUAGACUUAUUUUUUAAGGUAAAGUAUUGGCAGCUGUGACUGCGACCGCUCUCCCCCUUGAAUUAUAUUACUAUUAUUAUUAUUACUAUUAAUGUUUGUAGUUUUUAAAAACAAGUAUUGUUACCGUUUCACAAUAUUGUCCACCACUUCUGCCCCCAAGUUUCUCUUUAAUAUGUUAAAGAUAACUCACCAUUUAGUUUGUAAUUAAUAAGUAAACGCCUAAGCAUUCAAUAUUUAAAUUAAAUUAAAAAAGCAAUUUGAGUCAAUCCGUCGUUAUUAAAUUUAUUUUCGCUGUUUCAUUAACUAUUACUACAAAGUAGUGAUUUUUGAACUUGUAUUACAGAUUUUACAGAAGAUAAAAUUAUGUUUAUUUGUAUUACAUUCAAAAAAGAAAAGCUUAGUAUUAUUGAUAGUAUUUCAAAUUAUAUUUACCUUUUUGUAUCAAAAAAAUAUUAAUGCAGUCACAAGCUCGAAUAAUUGAUAUGGUUUGAUAAUUCUGUGAGAAAUCUGACUUACUAACAGCUGUACCUUUUUUAUUUUUUGUAAAUGUAGCAGUUUGAGACAGAAAGUAAUAAUUAUUGUGUAUAUUUUUCACAGAAUUAUUUAUACGUGCAGGUUGUUGAAAAAGCAAUUUUUUUCUGUCGUUUUAUAACUUCGUUUAAACCGUAAAUUUAAUGUUCAGAUAGGAAUCUUACAAGUAAUACAUAAAUAUAUCUAAUAAUUAUUCUUGAUACAUGUACACCGGAGAUUCUAUCAGAUAUUUGAGAUUGAACGAUAAUAAAACAAGUUAAUAAGGAAUAAGAUUUUAAGUAAGUUAUUUAAUAAAGUAACAAAAUUGCUGUUAGUACUUAGAAUAUUUUUUUACAAAUAAACAUGGCUGCUAAAUAACUUUA